UUACAUCACUAUUUUUAGUGUCUGUCAAAUGCACAAUUUUAUUUAAGUGCCACAGUGAAUUUGUAUGGAAUUUUAUAAUACAUUAUGUUUAUUUAACAUUUUUUCUUUAUUUACUUAAAGCAAAUAUCGAUUGAUCAAAAGUCAUAAGAUCUAUGUUACGAUAUUAAAAUUUUACAGCACUUACGGGUAAACAAUGGUGUGGCGAAGUGUGAGAAAUUGUAUCUGGAAGAGAAAGUGUCUCAAAUAAUAAAUAAAUAACGGGUCGAUAUGAAUAUGUCUGUCUCGGAUUUGUCCGUGGGAUGUCGAUUUGCAGAUUAUUUUGUCAUAUGUGGGCUCGAUUUUGAUUCAGGACUAGAAACAGACAGGUUAUGUGGUGACAAUUUACAUAUAUCUCCUCUCGAUCGCUCAUACAAAGGAAAGGUUCUAGCCCAUUAUCCAGAUAAUGUUCAUAAUAAUAAAUUUGAUGAACAUGCAGUUUGUAUGCUUUGUUUCCCUGCAAGCCUUCAAUUUAGGACUCAAAAACAUUCUUUAGAGCCAAAGUUUCAUAGUUUUGUUGUGACUAGAGAAAAUGCAUCAAGAUAUUAUGGAUUCAGUCUUAUUUUUUAUGAAGAAGUUAGAAACAGGAACAUAUGCAGUGCAAUGCAUACAUUACAGACUAUGUACAUCACUGAACUAUCUAGUGGACAAACUCCUCCAGGGCAUAGAAAGGGAUCUGGCAAAGAGAGUUCUAGAUCAUUACCAAGAUCCUUUAAGUUGGCCCCACACUCCGGAGCUGCACUUACAUAUUAUGACAUAACCAAAGAUAAACUCUAUGUAGCCAAAAGUAUAGCACUUAUAUGCCAAUACCCUUAUAUUAGGGUUGCACAAUUAUUCUUAGAGAAUUUAUUUAGGUCACUACCUAGACAACCGGGGCCAGGACUCAGUCCUGAAUCCUAUGUCUACAACCUGUUAUAUGAAGUUCCAGUGCCAUCACCGGGUCAAGCUUUACGUCUUUAUGUUCCUCCUUCCGAACCACAUCUCGAUCCAAUCCCAGUUGUGAUAAGAAUGCCAAACCCACCCGAGGAGUUACCCCUGUUAGAUUAUCCUCUACGUGUAAUGUUUUCCACUUUGGGUGUUGAAUGUGUUGUCCAGUUAUUUACAUGUGUGCUAUUAGAACAUCAAGUUCUGUUAAGAUCUAGUGAUUUCAACAAACUCAUGCUAGUUGCAGAGUGCAUUGUGUCUCUGUUGGUUCCGUUCUCGUGGGCGCACGUCUACGUGCCGAUACUGCCAUCUCCUCUUUAUCAUUUCCUUGAUGCGCCCGUCCCUUUCGUAAUGGGUCUCCAUGCAGACAGCUCAGCUAUCACCAUUGGAAGUAAUGGUCCAAGAAAUAUUGCAAUUGGGUCAGAAGCGGCACUUUGUCUUGUUGACAUUGACAAGCCUGAUAUACAACUACCUGAGGAACUCCCCAUAUUCCCUCACAGGACACCUUUCAUUGAGGAACUAAAUCAUGUUCUUGAUAAACAUCAGAUAAUUAGACCAGAAACUGAACCGACAAAACUAGGAGUACCAUUAAAUGGGACGUCAUACAAGCAUAUGAAUGACGGAAUGAGCAGUAGUUGUACAUUACCCUCAGACGGGCUGCGGCGCAAGCAUUCGUUCCACGACGUGCUGGAGUGGGAGGAGAGCCGGCCGCUCAACGCGUCGCCGCCCGCGUCCCCGCGCCGCGCGCCGCGCCCGCUCUACCGGCUGCAGCGCAUGGUCGACAUCAUCGUCAAACGUGCCGGAUUGUUUAUAGAUGACGUGGACGCUGAUACGGUUAUGCCUACAACUAAGAAGAAAAUACUGAAUGACGAAGAACAGUAUAAUGAAGAUAUUCGGUUUAAUAUUGCCAUCAGAGAAACAUUUCUGAACAGAUUUGUUCACAUAUUCCUGAUGUAUGAAAAUUUUGUAAUUAUGCCUGAUCAGGAUCGUGAUUCAUGGCUGUCUUCCCGUGAGUCAAUGGUUAACUUCGACAAAGCGUCCUUCCUCUCUGAUCAACCGCAACGGCACAGGCCGUUUUUAUCGCGUUUUCUUGAAACACAAAUGUUUGCUACACUCAUAGAUAAUAAAAUCAUGGCAAAUUGGGGCGAGUAUGACGCUAACUUGCAGGUCUUCGAACAUAGGAUUCGCGCAGUGAGGGAGCGACUGGGCGAGGGCGGGCUGGCGACGCGCGGCUACAGCGUGUGGGCGGGCAGCGGCGCGGCGGGCGGCGCGGACGCGUGCGACGUGGAGGUGGGCGCGCCGGGCGAGCGCCUGCCGCACCGCGCCGCCUACUACCGCGCCUUCCCCGCGCGCCUCGACGCCGCCGCGCUGGCGCCGCCGCCGCCGGCCGACCGCAGAACUAAUAGUUUGAAGCGUAUUAAGAAUGCGAAAUGGCAGGUGAAAGACUGUCCACCGGAAUUAUUGCUUGGGGAUAUUGGUAGACGAUUAUCGACUGAGGUUACCCCAGCUGCUAUAGCACAAAAUAAUAGAACUUUCGUCGAGAAACUACUAAAGGAAUGCAAAAGUAAAACUAAAAGGAUGCUUCUCGAAAAGAUGGGUACCGAAGAAAGCGAUUUAGGCUUGGGUUGCGAAGUUUCUAUAACAGGAGUAGAAGAAAGUACGAUGAUAGCGUCCCUGUGUGACCUUCUGGAGAGAUUGUGGUCGCAUGGUCUACAACAUAAGAUGGGAAAAUCGGCAUUGUGGAUGCAUCUCACUAACUACCAAGAGUUGGAGCAAUGCAGCAAUUCAACUAAACCUAUUGACCCGAACUAUCUUACUCCCGCUUUGGCCUGGUGUGUGUUACGGAAGCGACUGGAUUAUUUAUCAUCUGUGGGUGCAGAAGUAGAAGCUCAGCAAAGCACAAGUGGCAGUAGAUCGCGGGACAGCUCUCGCGGUGGGUCGAGAGAUAGCUCUCGCGAUCGGCUCAGUAACUCCGGCACUUUGGAGAGAAAGUCUUCUCAAGUACCGAACCCUCUGAGACCACUUCCAGAAAAUCUCACCUUUGAUAUGAGGAAUGUACAAGCAAUGACAGACAUAAAAACAGAAAUAGGCUACGCACGAGCCUGGGUAAGACUUUCGCUUGAGAAGAAAUUGUUAUCGAAGCAUCUCCGAGAACUGUUAUCUGAUACUACUUUACUGCGGUCGCAGUACAAAAGAACAGCAUUUUUGCGAUGUGAAGAAGAAAGGGAACAAUUUUUAUACCACCUACUGACGCUUAACGCUGUCGAUUACCAUUGCUUUACCAACACUUAUCCUACUACUAAGUUGCCAUAUCGAGUGCUGAUUGUACCGUCUCGUAAAGCAAGUCAAACUACUGCUAAUUGCUGGCUCUCUAUAUCCGGUGCUAAUGGUGAAUCGACGCCUAAAAUCCCUAUACCAAGAAAUACCAAUGAGUUCGUAUUUCAUCACAAAAAUUUAGGUAUACUCUCAACUUUACGCAUUGGUCACGAUAAUUCUGGUUUAUCUCCAAGAUGGCUUCUGGAUCAAAUAUAUGUGAGGAAUGAAGUUACAGGUCAUACAUACACGUUCCCGUGUAAUCGCUGGCUGGGUACAGGCGUGGACGACGGCUCGACGGAGCGCGUGUUGGUGGCGGCGCGCACGCGAGAGCGCUCCCCGCGCACACCCGCGCCCGCGCCGCACGCUCUGUCGCCCACCACGCACCUCUCCACCUCCACCAUACAGCACAUGAUAGGCGAUUGUGUGAAUGCAAUUGUAAAAUGGCACUAUCAAUCUAAGCGCGAAAAAGACGCGAAUUCACUGAGUGUGCUACUAUGCGGAGAAAAUGGCUUAGUUAAAUGCUUGGAGCAGGCCUUCUUAUGCGGCUUCAAGUCUGCUCGGCUUUUUGGCAAAAACCUUUUUAUUUGGGACUACUUUACAAGGGUAAAAGACGAAUUCAAGAUGAGCCUCUGUGACGAAUCAAACGUACAAUCUAAUAAGGGUUGCGGCGUGGCCUACAAUUGCAGACAAGAUCAGGAACAUAGAGCUAUAUGGAGAUGCUACUGCCAUCUCAUGGAUGAAAUAAACUCUGUGGGACGAUCACUCGGCAAAGAUGGAAAAUUCCAACUGUUUAUUUGCCUUAGUUUGAGAGAACACUGGCUCCACAGGAUGUUAGUGCCAAUGUCUAUGACGCGCGUCACUGCAGAAAUGUACGAAGAACAGAGUUUCUUGCGUAAGCGCGGUCUACUUACGUUUCUCAGACAAAUACUCGAACCUUUGGAUGAAUUCGAUAUAGUUCUAGAAAAUUCUCUCACUCAAGGCAUUUAAUUCCUUUCAGAUUUAUUAUAUUUUCGUAUUUCAGAUAAAGAUUAUAUUUGUGAUUUUGUCAAAGUAUAACGUAAACAUUAAUAUUUUCAAUGUUAGUAGUAAAGAGAUCAUUAUUUCAAUAUUUUUGGGAAUGGUAGAGAUGAGAAAAUAUAUUAUAAAAAUAUAUAGUGCAUAAGCGGAAUAAAAUACUCAUAGGAUUAAUUUGAAUAAUUUGUUGUAAGACACUCUAAUCUUAUGAAUUUAUUUUAGUUAUUUGGGUCGUUUUUAUAUACAUUUUUUAUUAUAUUUUAUUAUUGUUAAGUUUUUACUUGCCAGUGAAUCCAAAGAUUGACGACGCAAACGUCUCUUUAUAUUUAGUUUUAAAU